UGUACUUUAACUCAGUGGCAGAUUCCUGUUCACAAAGAACAAUUUGAAACUGAAAACAUGGCUUUCGACGUGAAGUCCAGAGCAAAACGAUACGAAAAGCUGGACUUUCUUGGAGAGGGUCAGUUUGCAACAGUUUACAAGGCGAGAGACAAAACAACAAAUACUAUUGUUGCGAUUAAAAAGAUUAAAGUUGGGCACAGAACAGAGGCAAAAGAUGGUAUCAACAGAACAGCACUCAGAGAGAUCAAACUGUUACAAGAGCUUAGUCACCCAAACAUUAUUGGACUCCUUGAUGCAUUUGGGCACAAAUCCAACAUCAGCCUUGUGUUUGACUUUAUGGAGACAGAUCUUGAGGUGAUUAUAAAGGACACUAGUCUCGUACUCACACCAGCCAACAUCAAGGCAUACAUCUUGAUGACCCUGCAGGGCUUGGAAUAUAUGCACCAUCACUGGAUUUUACAUAGGGAUUUGAAGCCCAAUAAUUUACUACUUGAUGAAAAUGGGGUUCUGAAGCUUGCUGAUUUUGGACUGGCUAAAGCCUUUGGAAGCCCUAACAGAGUUUACACACAUCAAGUAGUGACCAGAUGGUACCGUGCCCCUGAGCUUCUCUUUGGGGCCAGGAUGUAUGGUAUAGGUGUGGACAUGUGGGCGGUGGGUUGCAUCCUUGCAGAACUCCUCCUCAGAGUACCAUUUCUGGCUGGAGAUUCUGACCUGGAUCAGUUAACAAAGAUAUUUGAAACUUUGGGGACUCCAACAGAAGACACUUGGCCUGGGAUGACCAGUCUCCCAGACUAUGUCUCAUUUAAGCUGUUUCCGGGCACUCCUCUGGAGCACAUUUUCAGUGCAGCUAGUGAUGAUCUCUUGGAGCUCCUACAGGGCCUGUUCACCUUCAACCCAUGCACCCGAAUAACAGCCUCAAAGGCACUGAGGAUGCGCUAUUUCAGCCAGCGCCCAGCACCUACCCCAGGACAUCAGCUCCCCAGACCAAACUCAUCUGCUGAAGCUCUGAAAGAGAAAGAAAAUAUCACCAUUGGCAUUAAAAGAAAACGUGAUGGUAUUGAACAAGGCACCCUGAAGAAAAAGUUAAUGUUUUAGGUGAGGAGGAGUGGAGCCUACCAUGGAGCCCUAUAACCACUAGUGCUGCUGCAGAUUUCUGCAAACAAAUGCAUUGUUCAUCUGUUUAUUUAGCAACUGGGUGUGAACAGACAUAUUUAUGACAACUCAAUUUGUCAUUUCUUUGUUAUUUUUAUAUAAUGUAAGUAAUUAAAUUAUAAUGAGGUUUAAAAAAAAGCUUUCUCCUGUGCAUUGUGGCUGAUGCGUUUCAGCAAAUUACAGUUAGUUAUUUGCAUGUUCUUAACCUUUUUUUGAGACAGUCUUGUAUCAUAUAAACUGCUGCUCCUUUAUUUCACUGGUUUCAUUUAUCUGCUCUGGUUUCUAGGUUGCUAGGCAACCACAAUUUGGGCCCAAAACUACACAGGGAUAUAUGAGCAGAGUUCAGCAGCCAUUUGCACAUUUCACAGAAUUUAUGGUUUACAAAAUCCUUUUUAUAGCUUUCUCUGGACUUAUAGUUUAGGACAUAUUCAGUAUCUCCAGUUUUUGCAUACUUUCGGUAUUAACCUUGUUAAUUUCAUAAUCUUGAACAUUUUGUGAAGUAUAUGACAAGGUCAUUCUCUAAUGAAAGCCAGCAUUUGGAUCUUUGGAUCACACUCCUUGUUUGA